AUGUCUCCUACCGAUAACAAGGUCCUGGGCAUGCCGCCCUUCGUGGCGGACUUCCUGAUGGGUGGUGUCUCCGCCGCCGUCUCGAAGACUGCUGCCGCUCCCAUCGAGCGUGUCAAGCUCCUGAUCCAGAACCAGGAUGAGAUGAUCAAGUCCGGCCGUCUCUCUCACCGCUACACUGGCAUUGGUGACUGCUUCAAGCGCACCGCUGCCGAUGAGGGUGUCCUGUCCCUGUGGCGUGGCAACACUGCCAACGUCAUCCGUUACUUCCCCACCCAGGCCCUGAACUUCGCUUUCCGUGACAAGUUCAAGAAGAUGUUUGGCUUCAAGAAGGAGCGUGAUGGUUACGCCUGGUGGAUGGCUGGUAACCUGGCCUCCGGUGGUGCUGCCGGUGCCACGUCCAUGUUGUUCGUCUACUCUCUGGACUACGCCCGUACCCGUCUUGCCAACGACGCCAAGCACGCCAAGACUGGUGGUGCCCGCCAGUUCAACGGUCUCAUUGACGUCUACCGCAAGACCAUCGCCUCGGACGGUAUUGCUGGUCUGUACCGUGGCUUCAUGCCCUCGGUUGCCGGUAUCGUUGUCUACCGUGGUCUCUACUUCGGCAUGUACGACUCCUUCAAGCCCCUCCUCCCCAAGAGCCUCGAGACCAACUUCUUCGCCUCUUUCGCUCUCGGUUGGUGCGUCACCACCGCUGCCGGUAUCGCUGCCUACCCUCUUGACACCAUCCGCCGUCGCAUGAUGAUGACCUCUGGUGAGGCCGUCAAGUACAAGUCUUCCCUCGACGCUGCCCGCCAGAUCAUUGCCAGCAAUGGUGUCAAGUCUCUGUUCAACGGUGCUGGUGCCAACAUUCUCCGUGGUGUUGCCGGUGCUGGUGUCCUGUCGAUCUACGAUCAGCUCCAGCUGAUCCUCUUCGGCAAGGCCUUCAAGGGUGGAUCUGGUUAA